CUACAAUCAUGUCAGACAAAGACAAGAGUGAGCUCAAAGCAGAACUAGAGCGUAAAAAACAGCGCCUGGCUCAAAUCAGAGAGGAAAAGAAGAGGAAAGAAGAGGAGAGAAAGAGAAAAGAAGCUGAUCAGAAAAAAGAAGUGGUACAGAAUGAAGAACUGGACAUUGAGAAGAAACGCAGGGAAGCUGAUGCCUUGCUACAGAGCAUGGGUAUAACAUCCGAGCCCUCUAUUGGUAUGUAUAUGGGGUUAAUUGAUCAGGUAACUUUUACCAUAUUCUUUAUGCAACUAAAUGUGAGGCAUUUUUUUCUGUCUUCUGAAGAAAUGUAUGCUUCUGAAUUCAGAAUGUGACCUGAAGUCGAAGAACUGGAGAUAGCGAUAAAAAGUGUUGUGUGUUAACCUGCAGUGGGAGUGGUAUUUGUUGCACAGUUGGCUACAUUUCACUAAUUAUAUGCUUUUAAAGUCUAACCUUUUUCUUUCACCAGCAGAG